AUCUUGACAAAAAUAAAAACAUGGCCGCGGAAGUGACACCCAAGAAACCUCCCGACUGGAAAAAUUUGACAGACACAGUUCAGGACGCCGAAUCUUUGCGACAGGAGUCAAUUAAUGCACACCAUGAUCAUUUAAUUACAGAAAUAGAAACCUCAGAUGGUCCACUUGGCACAUCGCUGAGAGCUGUGUAUGAAGGUGAUGAGUUAGAAAAAUUUAAAGAAAGUCUGAAUGAGCAUAUAAAGACUCAUGAUAAGGAGAUUGAGCGAAUGUGUAACUACCAUUACCAGGGGUUUAUUGACUCGAUUCGGGAACUCCUGAAAGUCAGUUGUGAUGCUGCACAGCUCAAGGAUGAAAUUUCUGAGGUGAACAGUUCACUGCAAGACUCCUGUAAACCACUAUUAACAAAAGGGGAGGAACUUGUCAAAAGUAGGCGUGUCCAGAGGAACAUAGCAUCAGCUGUUGAAAAUUUAACUUUAUGUUUACCAGUGUUAGAAAUGUAUGGCAAACUUCAAGAACAAAUGUCAACAAAGAGAUAUUACCCAGCAUUGAAGACACUUGAGCAGCUUGAGCACACAUAUCUCCCCCGUGUGGAAACUCAUUGGUUCUCACAGACUAUGAAGGAAGCCAUCCCAAAACUCCGGGAACAAAUAAAAGAUGCCAGUAUGUCAGAUCUCAAAGACUUUUUGGAAAACAUUAGGAAACACUCGGCGAAAAUUGGAGAAGUAGCGAUGAAGCAUGCUGCCGAACAGAAUAAUAUGGACCCAGCCAUUGUUCAGUCCAAUAAGAAAGUGAAAACAAAGAGGGCACCUAAACCCCCAAACCCAUUUACUGGGGAGAUUGAGAAGGAGGAGGAGGAUAAAGCUAAGGGUGUUAUUGCUGACCCCAGUGGGGACGAUAUGGGUGAGCUGAGUGCACAAGAUCUGAUAGACUUUUCUCCUGUUUAUAGAUGUCUUCAUAUUUACACUGUAUUGGGAGACAAAGAGAAAUUUGAGACUUACUACAGAAAGCAAAGACGAAAACAAGCUCGACUUUCUCUCCAGCCCCCACCUAAUAUGCAUGAAUCCAUUGAAAACUUCAAGAGAUAUUUCCAUGAUAUUGUUGGGUUCUUUGUAGUAGAAGAUCAUAUUCUGAGUACAACUCAGGGACUUGUUAAUCGAGCCUACAUGGAUGAACUCUGGGAAAUGUCAGUUUCCAAACUCGCUGCUUCUCUCAGAACAAGUGCUGCCUCCUGUAAGGAUUCAGAGAUGAUGCUAGAUAUUAAAAAGCUGAUAGUACUGUUCUGUCAUACCCUCAGGGGAUAUGGUUUUAGUGUAGGACAUCUGUUAGAGUUGCUGUUAGAAAUGAGAGACCAGUACAGUGACAUUCUGACCAGACAGUGGGUGGACAUCUUUAAUGAGAUCUUCAGUGAGGAUAAUUACACUCCCAUCUAUGUAGAGUCUGUAGAGGAGUAUACCGCCAUUGUCACACAAUUUCCAUUCCAAGACGAGGAGCUUGAACAGGAAUCAUUCCCAAAAAGAUUUCCCUUUUCCCUUUUUGUGCCAAAUAUCUAUACACAAGUCAAAGCAUACAUCAAUGCUUGCCUCAAAUUCUCUGCUGAUUUACACUUAAGCCAUACAGAAAUAGAUGAUAUGAUUAGAAAAUCAACAAACCUAUUACUGACGAGGACACUUGGCAGUUGUUUGUCCUCAUUAAUCAAGAGGCGGGAUUUAACCUUACUACAGUUGAUACAGAUUGCCAUAAAUAUGAAUUACUUGGAGAAAUCCUGCAGUUACUUAGAAGAAUAUAUUUCUAGCAUAACAGGAGCACAGAGUGAUAGUGUACACAUGGCAAGGCUCCAUGGAACUUCAAUGUUUAAGGAUUCCAGAAGUGAUGCUGAGGAGCACAUAUACAACAAACUCAAUUUAAAGAUUAGUGAAUUCAUAGAACUAGCUAACUAUGACUGGUUGUUGCCUGAGUCUAAAGGACACGCUAGUGGUUAUAUCACAGAUCUGGUGGCUUUCCUUCAGAGUACCUUCAUGUCUUUCACAAAUCUUCCAGAAAAGGUUGCCAAAACUUCCUGCAUGUCUGCGUGUAAACAUGUGGCUACAUCCCUAAUGGAGUUUAUUAUGGAUAACAAUGUCAAACAUGUUACCAUGGGAGCACUGCAGCAGUUCAACCUUGACCUUAUUCAGUGUGAACAAUUUGCUGCUUCUGCUCCAGUACCAGGAACAAGGGAUGGGACUCUACUCAUGGCGUUUGCUGAUCUUAGACAACUUUUGGACCUCUUCCUGAAUUGGGACUGGUCCAUCUACCUGGCAGAUUAUGGCCAGCCUACAUCCAAAUAUAUUCGGGUCAAACCUAGUGAUGCCAUUAGUUUGUUAGAAAAGCUGAGUAAUACAGACAACAAGAAAAAGACUUUAUUUACUGCUUUGAAAAAGAAUGAAAGAGACAAGAAAAAACUGAUAGACACUGUCCUUAAGCAACUUCGUGGGUUAGUGAAUGGAACGCCUUCCAUAUGAAUAUCAGGAACCACAUUGGGAGAACAUUGGGAGUACUGGUAGUAUGAUUUACCAUGGAGAGCAAACUUUUUUUUUUAUCCGAGAUUUGAAAUUUUGGGAAUGCAGUCACAGGCUAAAUCAUCUGAAAGGGCUUGAAUUUUUUGUUGGUGUGUCAGUGUGAAAAGAAAUUCAGGAGGAUUUUUUUCUUGUUUAUUGUUUAUAAAAAUUUUUUUGUCACUGAUCAGUUGAAUGAAAGGCAGUGUUUCUGAUAUAAUUGCUGUGAAUUAAUGCUAGUUUAUGUAAUUGUUACUGUAUAUCCACCAACAUAAAUGUGCAUUAUGAAGCUACCAAAUAUUUCCACAAUACUAAAUAUUUUGUAAUAGGUCUGGGAUGAUAUAUGGAGAUAUCGAUUCUGUGUGAGGACGAUACGCAUAUCGAUGUGUGUGAAUAAAUAUCGAAGUAUCACCAAAAAAAAAAUCUUAUAUGUUUUUCUUUGUUUUCUUAACAUUUUGGGUUUAAUAUAUAAAAUGAAUAUGCUAAAUAUAUAUAAAUAUGAAAUACAUAAUAAUUAACACUACUUGUGUAAAAUAAUUUUGUUUUACAACAGAUAUACAACUUCUUUGAAUAAAUUAUUCUUAUUUGUGAAGAAAUAUUUUGUUUAUUUCAAUACAAAAAAAGAGAUUUUAUAACCAAUUAAACAUAUCGUGAUACAUAUCGUAUCGUGGCUCAAAUAUUUUGAUAAGUAUCAAUAUAGAGCAAAUUGUAUCGUCCCAGCCCUAUUUUGUACAUCAAUAUCAAAAGAUAUAUGCACUUUUUCCAAACCAGUUGAAACCUUUCAGGUUACUUUGUUUUUUUUUAAUGCAGACUGCAGUUUGUUUUGCAGUUUAGAGUUGGGCUGUCACAUCUAGGAAUUGCACACGUUAUAACUGUAUGAAGAGGGUAAUAAUUUGAACCAACAACAAUUUCAAAAAAACAUUUUUGAUGAAAUUGAUUUUCUACAUAUGAAAAUAAUGCCUACUGACAUACAUAUAAUUAUAGUGCUUUUGAACACAUUGUCUUAUAUACAUGUACUUGAUAACAAUUAAUUCCAGUAUUUAUGUUUUUUGGUUGUAAAAGAUCAAUUGCCAUUAAUGUCACACACAUAAAGAGAUGUUUGUCACAGUUUGAAUGAGUGAUCUGAUUGUCAUUUGUGGAAGAUAUAUCAAUUGUAAAACAUUAUACAUACACAUACUGCAGCAUUCACACUGAUUUUCAUAUUUCAAACAAGUCACAAACUUAUUUUAUUGUCAUCUUGAGCAGUUGCAUAUGAUAGUCAUCCUUAAAUGGACUUGAUGCAGCUUCUAAGAAAUUUAACAGACGUUUCCAUUGUCACACAAAUGUACAUGUAAAACACAAUUCCACAGGUGCUUCAAUCAAGUUUCAUUGUGUGAAUCACAUUUAAAAGCCACCAGUACAGCCAUUAUAAAGUAUUGGUGAUCCUCUGUACAUAUAUUGUUUAUUGAUAAUUUUUAAAUAAUUUAAAGCACCACCAUAUUUGGGUGAGCAGUAAAAUUUACAGUACUCCAAUAUACUGCAACAGUUACAGCAUCAGUCUGAACACAUUUUGUAUGUACUGAAGGUAGGGUAAGCCACUCUGUGUGUGAUUUAUCAUUUUUGCAAUGAAGAACGUAGUUAAAAUUGUUAUGCAGUUUAAGUGCUAGGGAUUGGGAGGGUUUCAAUAUUUAUUAAUCAAUGUGCAAUAUUACAAGUGAUCCUAAUUAUAUCACUUUUAUCAUAGGUAUUUCUUUGUUGAUUUUAUUUCCUUGUGCUUGAAAAUUUGGAAAUAAAAGUUAAAAUAUUA